CACUUUUUUUCCUUUUCUGUUUUGUUUGAUUUGUCCAUCACUCUUGCUGUUUUUCUUUUACUGGCACUGCACUGACUUCACUCUUUUUGCUUUACUUUGUCAUGCCACUGCAUCUUUUUCACGGGAAUGUUUGUCAGAAAACUGGUACUCCUGUGUUUACAUUGAAGUUUCUAAAUUAACCACAUCUCUGGGACCCCCCGGUGCAAACUGCUGCUCACUCUACCAACCAACUGGAACUGCGACUUUUAACGCCAGCUCUCGUAACCAUGGCGAGACAUGAUCCUCUCUGGCAACCAGUCCUGGUUGUUCAGGUGAUGACCAUCAAACUCUGCGGACGCUCCUUUCCAGAGUUGAACGGAGAUCAGCGUUCGAUCCAUCGACUCAAAAUGAAAGGCGUAGUCGCUCUCGCCGUGUUGUUGGGAAGUGUUCGUCUCGGCCAGCCCUGUGUAAAAGGGGAGUCAGUUUUGUUCUGCCUUGACGCUCUAACAAAUUUCAUCCCUAACUGUACAACCAUGGUUGUGGGUUUAAAGAAUGUUGGAGAAAUCAACUCCACGGUUCUGCAAAGCGUGAACCUCUCUUCCAUCACCAAGUUCCAAAGCCAAAACUCUGGUAUCACAGGAAUUGCUGAGAAUGCCCUCGGCUCUUUUUCACAUCUGAAAAUUCUCAUUUUAGAUGGUAACAGUUUGUCCAACAUUAACCAGAACUGGUUCAGAAACCCUGCUACUCUCACUGAGAUAGAUGUCUCUUCCAAUCUGAUUAAAUAUUUGAACGAGUCGAAUCUGACGGGGCUCACAAACCUCAAGAAGCUCAAUCUGAAAGGGAACAAGAUCCACACCAUCCAUCCAGAUGCCUUCAGAUCCCAGAGGGAGUUGACUGAUCUGGAUUUGUCAGACAACCAGUUGACGAGGCUUUCCCCGCAGAUCUUCACGUCUCUAAAGUCUCUAACGUCCAUCAGACUUUACGGGAAUCCCUGGAACUGCUCUUGUGAUGCCCAGGUCUUUGUUGACUCUCUGAAAGAACUGAAUACAUCUCUGCUGGUGAAUCGGAUGAGUGUGAAAUGUAAAACUCCUCCACAUCUGGAAGGUCAACCAGUCUUCAAAGUGUCUCUGUGUUCGACUGCUACGCCACCAUUGAGGAAUUCAACAACUGCAACCAGUAAAACUCAAACAACUCGCUCACAGCAAACAUCUGGAAAGACAGAAACAUCUUUCAAUACCAAAUCCACUACCCAAACUCGAACAACUUCUGCUCUCAUGGCAACACUUUCCUCUUCAGAGACUUCUGAGAGAACAAAACCACCUGGUGCCACAACGUCAUCUUCAUCCCCUGGACAUUAUGUGACGACAUUAACAUCAGUCAUCAGACCUGUAACUACUCCUACACGAGCUGCAGGUUCGUCCACAACCUCAAACACAAAGAUCUGCACUCUGAUCGCAGUUAUUGUGGUCCUAUGUGUGCUGCUGCUUUUUGCGUGUUUCAUGGCACUGAUGCAUAGGAGGAAUCGCAGUAACAAAGCCGUGAGGCCUGGAUGUCCAACAGAAGAAGAGGAGAAGCAGAAAGGAGACGGUGUGUCAAGUCGGGAUCAGUCUGGAUGUCUGGAAGAGGCUCAGAAAAAAUCCUUCACUGGCAUCAGGGCAAAGUCUGCAAACGCAAUCAUCCUCUCAUCUCCUUUCUGUGUGUCUGAGAAAGUCAAAGUCACUUCAGACAACUCUGAAAAAGAGAACCUGGGAGCUGAAAUGGGCGAAGUUCAUCCAAAAACUUUCACAACUAGAAACUCGUUGGAGGAGUGUGUGAUGCAAGAAGGUGAUGAUGGAAAUCCCUACAAAAACCAGGAGUGUGAUCAUGUUAACAUGGACAUUGUACCGUAUUUGAGUAUCGGCACCAAGCAGAACAAACCAAAUCCUGAUGAAGAGUCUGCAGAAGGUCCAGGUCAGAGUCAACAGAGAGGAAAAUUCAUCAGGAUCUCCACUUGGCCUCCUACUGCAGCUCAGUGGCAGGCCAGAUGCAAGGCCAAAGAGGAGGAAGAGGGUGCUGAUGAGUUCAAUGUUUGGACUCAGAGUGUAACUGCAAAGGUCUCAGAAGAUGUGAAGAUGAUGAUGGAGCAUCCCAGCAGCAGCUCUGACCGGUGUGAAGACGAGGAAACAAGCAUAAAUCUGAGUCUUUCAGACACCUUCAAACCACUGCAGACUCCUGUCCGCACAUUGGAGAAGGAAGAAACGAACCUGGAUCCAGAUUCUGCAACACAGACAGACACUGGCGAAGAGCUGAAGUUCGAGGAAUAUCUGGCACAGAAGAAGAGAGAGGCAGAUGCGAGGCAGGACCAGAAGGGGUCUGCGACCGUCAAACAGAGGGCAGAAAACAGAGCCGCCGCUGGGGCGAAGGCGCCCCCUGGUGGCGCUUCUCCAGAUGACGAAACUCUGCUGUCAGGGAAUGAAUACGCCUUCGUGGACCUGCUUCAUGAAGUGGUUCAGAACAACGGCCGCUGGACGAGAGAGAGGUGGAAACGGAAUAAUGUUAACAAGCAGCGGCGAUGAAAUCAGAUUCAACAUCUCGAUUACAGGAUAGUUACACGAGAGCUUAUUAACGUUUAAAUAUUCACUUCCUAAUUAUACAAAAUUAUUAUUAUUUUCUUCCAUUUGGGUCUCAACUGCCUGCCUUUUCACUGUAUUUUUUGUGACUAGCAAAUCUGAUUACCACGGGCACUGCGCUGUUGCCUAGCAACCCCAGUUUAGCCCAUCCAUCACCUAGCAACACAAGGAGCCCGUUUGGUCAGCGGGUUUUCCGGCUGCUGGAAAAUACAAGUGUUUUGUUGUUGAUUUACUGUUCUGAAAAUACUUGCUGCACUCUUGUUGGUUGUGCAGGAGGCUCUACUUCUGCUUUUCAAAAAUGUACAAUUGUAUUAUUUCGCGAGUUGAAAUAAAUAGAAGUGACACAUUCAAACUGCUGGUGAUAAACUUAGUGUGAGGUCAAAUAAAACUAUCUUCCAGUCGGUGGAUUUGGCUGCAUGCAGCAUUUAUUUGUUCGUAUCUGUAUGUGCACUUCUCAUAAGAAAUAGUACAAAAUGAAUAAUCCUCUGUUUGACAAUGAAUCAAAAACAAAGUGGAGGUAAACAUUAUACAUAGGCUUUUGAUAACAUCUAGACAACAUGCAUGUUCCAUUCAUAUAAAUACAGAGUAUCAAAUAAUGGCUCCAACUUGCAAGCAGUUGAUUCAGUUACGGGGUUUUUUAAUCUAGCGACAGGACGCCACGCUAACUGUCCUGCUAACGGAAAUGUUAUGUUCUUGGCAAGCUUUUUAUAUCAAAACAUGCUUUUAAGAGAUAACAUGCCCCGUGUGUUAAGUCCGGACAUCAGAAGACAUCAAGUGAAGUCCUUCAGUGCUAUAAGGGUUUGUUGUGAGGAUCCUGUAAGGUGUUACGUUAGCGGUUUCAUCCUCCAUCACAGUCGCUUUGACUGUUACUUCUGACUCUGUGAAACAAUUUCUGGACCAUUAAAAAAACAACAACAAA